AUGCAUUUUCAUAGGAGUCAAAUACUGGGCUCUAUGCUCGCCUUAACACCUCAAGCAAGCCAUGCUUAUCCAGGUACUAGCCCAAAAUGUUCUCUCGACAACAUAGCCCACCAGCUAUCCUCGAUUGGCAGCUCACUAUCUAAUAAUGCGACAAUACUAUCGGUUACUCAUGUUCAACUAAAUGGUAGUUAUGGUGAUCCCCAUUCACCUCAGGGUCUCCCAUCUUUGGUCUCGACAGGCCUUCCGGACCUCUGCGCCGUCGAGGUUAACGUGACUUCGUCCGAAUCAUCAUCCUACACAAUCUCUAUUUUCCUACCGUCUAAAUGGAAUUCGAGAUUCCUCGCGACUGGCGGGGGCGGUACCGGCGGAUACGUCAAUUACCUUGAUAUGGGCGUUGGAUCGCAAUAUGGAUUUGCUACGAUGUCUACGGAUAAUGGCCAUAGGGGCUCUCCUUAUGACCGGGCUAUACACGGGUCUGUUGAGCUUUCGAAACGACUGAUUAAAGGCUACUACGGCAAGAAUAUCCAGUACUCCUAUUACACUGGCUGUUCUACCGGUGGCCGACAGGGUCUCAAGGAAGCCCAGGUCGGUGCCGAUAGCUUUGAUGGCAUGCUCAUCGGGGCGCCAGCUUGUAAUGAUUACUACCCCGUGGACGACCCGAAGAGCAUCCCCAAUGAGUUAUUCCCAACCCUAAUAGCUCAAACUGUAGUUGAUCAAUGCGACGAAAUCGACGGUGUCAGGGAUGGUAUCGUCAGCGACCCCGAAAACUGUUAUCCGGACUUCGAAGUAUUAUCCUGCGACAGCACCGGUACGAACUCAUCUGCGUGCCUCACGUCCUUGCAGCUGGAGACUUUAGCGAAAAUCUACGAGGACUACUACAUCGGGUCAGAGUUCGUGCACCCGGGUCUUGAGCUUUCUUCCGAACCAGGGUGGCCGCAAUACUUAUUUGCCGAUACACCAACUUCCUGGGGUAUCGACUACAUCAGAUACGUCGUGUUUGAAGAUCUAAAUUGGCCUCUUGACGAGUACAACUCGAGCGUUUACGAGCGGUUAAAGAACCUGGAAAUAUCGCACGAAAUUGAUGCGGAUCAGUUCGAUAUGUCUCCUUACCGAGAACACGGCGGAAAAAUCCUGAUGUACCACGGAUUAUCUGACCCCUUGAUUGUUACGCGUGGCUCGUCGCACUUUUACAAGCAGGUCGAACUAGCAACUGGAGAGACCUACCCGAUUACCGACUGGUUCCGUCUUUUCUUCGUUCCGGGCAUGCUGCAUUGUUCAGGCAGUCCGCCCGGGGUUGAUGCACCGUGGCACAUCAAUGGCGCCGGUCAAAACUGGCAAACUGGUUCGGGUGCAUAUUCUGUCCCCGGGUUCCAAGACUCCAAACACGAUGCAUUGCUUGCGCUCAUGGAAUGGGUUGAGGGUGGAAAAGCGGUGGACCAGAUAAUUGCAACGGCAUGGCACAAUUCGACUGACCCAAGUUCUGGGGUAUGGAAACAGCGUCCUAUUUGUCCCUACCCGAAGACUGCCAAGUAUAAUGGCGUGGGCGAUGUCAACGAAGCCCGAAGUUGGAAAUGUGCAUAAUAAGUCUCAGGGGUUAAGGCGUAAGGGAAUUGGGUAUAUCUGCAAAAGUUGGCCGAGUUAAGUCGCCUCUCUACUAUGUAUCAAUACCGG